UCAUGUCCCAUCCCCUGCCCUCACCCAAAAUGGCCGCGGGCGCGUCCGCCCAGCCGUGAGGCGGGACCGGCUCUGAGGGCGCGGGACGCGGAGGCGGCCGCGGAUCCCUUUAGAAGGCGGCUGGAGCCCGGGCAGUGAGGUUUCAUGAGUCAAGUGGGGCUGUUGGGAGUUUCUUUUGAAGAUGUACAUGUUGGUUGAAAAACGCACAAAUUCCCAUCUUCAUCUAAAGAGGUCACCUGGCAUCCGAUCCUGGUCUCUCUGCGUUGGAAUAGCCUCCAUAGGUUUGGCUGCUGCUUAUUAUAGUGCAGACAGCUUAGCAUGGAAACUCUUCUACAUGGCCGGGUGUUUCUUUGUGGCAGCCCAGAAUCUGGAGCAGUGGGAGGAAGCUAUAUUUGAUAAGAACAAGGGAACAAUCUGCCUAAAAACAUUCAAUCUCUACAAAAAAAUACUGACCUUAUCAAAAGGAGGCAAUGAACAAGUGGUGGCUGUGCUGAACGAGAUCCGCGACGUGAACGUGGAGGAGGAGCCCGUGCGCUAUUUCGGGAAGGGCUACCUGGUGGUGCUGCGCUUCGUCACGGGGUUCUCACACCCGCUCACCCAGAGCGCCGUGCUGGGCUGCAGAAGUGAUGUGGAAGCAGUUGCCAAACUCAUCACGAGUUUUCUGGAACUGGACAGAGUAGAGACCCCACAAGAUUUCUCCCAGAGCAGCGAAACAGAGGCAAGUGAUGCAGAUGAACCACAGGCUAAAUACUGAUGGUCAUUGUGAACUGAAGCAAGCAGAGGCUUUCACACAUCUGGAAAACAUUCUGAUUGUCCUUCAGAAAAAGAAAUCCCUCACAACCUUGACCUGGGCAUUUCUCAAUGUGUGCAUUUACAAUGGGUGGAAUCUGUCUUAGGGCACAUUGUUUAGUGCUAAACUGCUUCAAGACCCUGCAUGUGGACACUGCUGGCUUUUGAGCUUUGUCAGCUCAUCAAACUUGUCUAGGAAUAGUUAUUUAUUAAUGAAUUGGUUUGAAUAAUUGCUUUUCCAUUAAUGAAGUGAAGAUACAGAUGUGAACUUCUGCUUACUGCAAACAUUUGCUGCAGGUACAAUAUAUCCAAUGUAGAGGAGUUGCAUUUGUAACUCAUAACACAAUGCUUUGAGGUUUCCCUUUUAAUAUAUGCAAUUAGGAGAUGCAGAGUAGUGGCACUUUUAUGUUCUCUACUACUGACUUGCCACUGGAUAUCUGUGGAAUUUAAAGUCUGAGUGCCUCUCUUGGAAUUCUAAACAUCAGGUUGAUCAACCUGUAACAGUGUCUUAACUUAUCUCAGACUCACCAAGGAGCCAUACAUAGCAAAGGAGAAAUAAUCAUGAUGAAACACCUUUGGGAUGUUCUACCUUAAUCCUGUUCUGCUUAACUUUUGGGCAGAACAGAACAAUCUUUUUCUAGACCUCAGUGUUUACUGUUUAAACUGUGUAUUUAGAAAGGAAGCAGGGACAUGUGUAACUUCAGGUAGGGAAAAGACUAAUGUCAAACAAAGUGGUAGCCUAGAGUUGUUGAGUAUUUCCUCACUUGAAAUGAUACCGAAGUGCUAAAUAAUUUUUAAGGUAGCUGGCAUAGACUAAUGUUUGACUUGUACUUGUGUUUUACUCUGGGUGUGUGGUGUCCUCUGUUCUGACCAAUGGUUUCACAAAUAGUUAAAAUGUAAUUUUUUCAAGGUAUUUCUGAAGUAAAAGCUACCUCUGUUAGUCAACAUAUUCUGUCUACAACUCCAUCAUCCUUAUAUUAACAUAUCAGUUCAAGAAAAAAAUUGUAAAAGGCUGCAAGUUCCUUCAGCAUGCUACAGCUGCUUGUACUGAAGUUCACUAGGUUUUAUUUAGGAAUCUUAUGGUCUUUAGAUCUGACUUAGAAAAUAUUUACACAGUUACAUAUAGGAGAUUUGAACAGGGUACGAGGUAACUGUGUUGUCUGCUUUCAUGGCUGGCCAGCAGCAAAUGUCUCAGUUUCUUCAGGAUUCAGAAGAGCCUGUGUUGUUUGCAGUCACUCUACCUCUACAGAGAGAAGGCUCUGAACAGUUUUUGGUGGGAGCCCCAUCAUGUUGUGUGUUCCAGUUUGGUCUGAAGCUGAGCACCUGCUCAAAGAACAGAUUUCAGCCACUCACACCCAGGAUGUGAGCAGAGAGGCAGAGGCUGGUGCUGUCAGUGGAAGGCACUCAGUGCAGCAGGGAAAUGCCUGCUGAUGUAGUUUUCCUGCAGCACAGAAAUAGGUCUGUUUUCUUUAAAUAAGAUAAAAAACUUGUAAUCACAUCAGGUAUCAGUACAGCUCUGCCAAUACACGCUCCUGAAAGUCCUCUGAGUUGUUGGGGUAAUCAUGGGGCUUUCAAUGCCUACCCCACACCACUGGAACUGGGAAGCUGCUCUCUAUGAAUGUGGGAAAAUUAGGUUGCAGGCAAUUAGCUAAAUUUGCCUUUGUUCUGAAGCACACCUAUAAGCUAAGCAUAAUCAUCAAACCUGUUGAAAAAUUGCAGGGUGUAACACUUUGUAGAGUUCCUCACUUAAAUCCACUGUAAUAUAUACCCCAGGUGAUGCUCAUUUUAGAGAGAGGAGAAUGAGGUUGGGGGUUUGGAGAAAUCUUUUUAACCCCCACAGUGUACAAUGAGAAUGGUGAGUAUUCUAAGGACUCCCAGUAGGAAGAACUGUCCUGGAGUAUGUAAUGGUACAUGUAAGCACAAGGGCUCAGCCUGUGGUAGCUGCUUCUUUGUAUCACAGAGAUUCAGAGGGCAUUCAUGGUGUGCACUGCACUUACUGUGAGCCCAUGGAGUGCACCAUGGGUAAAACAGACAGAACUACCUGCCUUCAGUCUUAGCUCUACUGGCUUUCAUUUGUAUUCCCAUGGAAGAUCUAAACCUGCUGUAGUUCCCCAGUUAAAAACCAGCUUUUGAGAGGUUCGUCUGUCGGUGUGACCCUGCACUGCAUCCUGUGUCCUGCUUCUGCUGAGCUGUAGUGCAUCCAGCUUGCUGUGCAUUCAUGGUGUUAGUCAUCUAUACUUACAGACUAUGCAAUAUCUUAUACAAAGACUAAAACAACAUAAGGGAAAUUCAGAAUCUAUAGAAAGGGGAAUGACCUAUAGUAAGAUACAACAUAACUUGAAAUACAUCCUGUGGAGUAAGUUAUGUGUUGAGUUGAUGUCAGUGAUCACCUCUUUAGAGGUGUUUUCCAGUAUUCUCCUCGCUCAUUAUCCUGCUGUUAGGCAGGAGAUGGAUGGCUGCUGCCAUGCACUGUGUGUCUAGGAGGAAUAUUUUGACUCCUCAGCCUUUCCCUUGGAGCAGCUGGUGCCAUCCUCUCUUGUGCCAUUUCCAUUUUGCAUUUGGCAGCUGUCCCUGUACCAACAAGUGCAGUUGCAGUGGGAACCUGUUCUGAGGUCUGAGCUGACAGGAGGGGGCCCUGAGGACACUGCCAGGCUGUGGGUGCUGCCUGUGGGGAUGUCAGGCACUGCUGCCUGACCCACCCAGAGCUUCUGUGGCACUGAUCUCUGUCUGAGCCCCUGAGCUUGGCAAUGGGACACUGCACCAACGUUAGCACAGGCUGAUGGGGCUUUCUCCUGCAUUUCUCCUGCAUUUCUCCUGCAUUUCUCCUGCAUUUCUCCUGCAUUUCUCCUGCAUUUCUCCUGCAUUUCUCCUGCUCCACAUGUGGAGCUUCUUGCCCUCAGAACCAUUAUCGUUUGUAGUUGGAAGCCAUGGCCAGAUGCAAUGCAGUUACUGUGUGCAUGUACAGUUAACUUGCCAUUGCUGUUCACAUGGAUUUGGUAAUGGCAAUGUCUGUGCACACCUCAGCAAUGGGAUCAGCUUGAAGAACUGUGGAAAGCAGCUGCAACUCAGGACAGGUUCCACUCUUCCCUCUUUGGACAAGUCCUCUCUGUUCCUCCUUUUCUGCCCCUUCUCAUCAUUCUGCUGGAGGCUUUCCUGGAUGGUUUUCCAUGCUUCUCUUGGGCCCAGCAAAGUCCAAGGUCCAGUAAACAGAGCCUUACAUGUGUCUGGUAUAAAGUGAUUUGGAUUCAAAGGAAUCGUGUGAAAGACUAGUUUUGGUUAGGAAAUUAGGUACUCCUAGAAGAUUCUUACAGAUGUAGUCAUUAACUUUUGCAUCUCAGGCUAUCUAGAGACUUGUGCCUGGACAGCUGUAGUUUGCAUGACUUAUAAAUGAUAUAAACCCUGCCUAGCAGACCUUAGGUUAGAUCUAACACCCUGACCCCUAUAACCAAACCCUUUUGGCACAUCCUUUACUGUAACUGUAUGGCAAGUGCCACUUAGCAGAUGCUUCAGCUGCUGCUUGAGCAGCACAGUGGCAGUUCCUUGCAUGGCUGUGGUGGGAUGGCACUGGGGCUGUGGCUGCUGCAGUGAGCAAAGCCAGAGUGCAUCUGUGCAGAGGGAGAGCACUGCUUUGUGUAAGGUGUAACCUCAUCUUCCAGUGCUUCACAAUGAAACAUUCCAUACCUGGCAUCACUUGUGCAAGUGUCGAAGAAAAUCCAAAUAUUUAUAGUUGAGAUCUGACUCGCGGGCUGUAUUUAUGAACUUACACAGAUAGCAAAACCUCAGCUGGCUCACAUAAUACAAUGUUGGCAGUGUUGUAGAUGGCUGGGAGCAAAAAUACUGCUGGAAAAUGUUUAGGAAUUGCCUUUUUUUUUACUUUCAAAUUGCAAGUAGAAUUUCAGCAAGGCCUUGUUGUAUUGUCUUUUUUUAAAAAAAAGUUCAUUGAUAAAAUCGACUUUGAUAACUUGUUUUGCAUUGCUGUAGUAUUUUGUAUUGUUUUUAAUUAAAAUUAUUAAAAUUAUUAAAAUAUU